CAGUUCUCAAAUAAAUAGGUGGCUAAGUAUUGCAGCUCAACCCCAUCUCCAGGAAUUAGAAGUCAAUAUGAUGAGUGAGAGCCCAUGCUACUGCUUGCCUCAGGUUGUACUCAAUUUAACAUCAUUGACUGUCCUAAACUUGGAUGGUGUGAAGUUGCAGGAUUGUUCCCAUGUAAACCUUCCUUCUUUGAAAUCUUUGUCUUUAAGGGACGUUCUGGUGAAAGAUGAAGUAUUGCAUAAUCUAGUUUUAGGCUGCCCUGCCAUUCAAAACUUGGUUAUAAUGGUAGUCAAUGCCUUGUCUUACAUUGAAAUUUCGAGUUCAAGCCUCAAGCACUUGGAUAUAGAUGCAGACUUGGAUGAAAUCCAAGUUGAUGCUAUAAAUCUUGAAUCAUUUGUAUGUUUUGGUACUUGCAACUAUUAUAUUGCUUCUUGCAAGAAACUUUCUAGUCUCUCAUUGACUGCUGCCUAUUUUCCUCUACACGAGGAUCUUGAAAACAUAAUUUCUGGAUUUCCUCUUCUUGAGAGUCUUACCUUAGCAGGGGGCAGCAUUGUUGACGUCCGACAUCCGAACCUUAAAGUCUUGGUUUUGGAGAGAUCCGACAAAGAAGACAAUAAUAACAUUUCAAUUGAUGCACCUAAUCUGGUUUCCUUUACUUAUAGUGAAGAGGAUACAUUACCACAAAUACUUGUGAACUCGCCAAAUCUAUUGGAAACCAAUAUAAGUCUUAAAUUAUAUUUGGAGGGCCGUACUAUGGAAUGGUACGUCAAUAUGUUAAAUUUUCUCUCAUCUUUUGAUUGCUCCAAGAGUAUGAGCUUGAAUCUCCACUCGGAAGAGUCUGUAAUAUUUCCAGAAACCUUGAGAAAGAUCACCCACUACUGUCCCUUGCCUAAUUUGAGGCAUCUAAAGGUAAAGACACGAUGCGUACAGAGAGAAUCUGACCUGGAGAAUUCCUUGCGUUGGCUUGCGCCAUUUUUGGAGACAUUAUCUAUAGAGCAAAGUGUUGAGUAAUGAUAGCUUAUUAGCUAAGUCGUACUUAAUAAAAAGUUUGUGGGACGUGUUUAUUGCUGCAAACUCAAAUCCUUGUUUUGUGCUGCCUUUUCCCUCGUAGUGGAUGUUGAAUUGGUCUCUUAUAGUUUGUUGUUUGGAUAUUUAGCUUGUAAUUACUAAUUACUAAUUUUUGUUUGAAACUUGGAUUCUGUAUUCUUGCUAGUCUAGACAGCUUUUUAAGGAAUAGAGAACUUGAAGUUAUUCCCCUA